AUGCCAGCUCUAUGCACCAGAUUUCUGUUAAGUCUCAUAAACCAAUGCAAGUUACGUUUUUAUGUCUACGUGCCGUGUUUCGCGGUAGGAUUGGGUAUCGCAUUAAUUUACUAUAAGAUCAGAAAAAACUCUACUGAUAAUAAUUCGUCGCAGCCACCGAAUGAAUUAAACGAAGCCCAAAUUCAGGACGAAUUAAACGAAGCCCGACUUCAGGAUGAAUUAAACGAACCCCAACUUCAGGACGAAUUAAACGAACCCCAACUUCAGGACGAAUUAAACGAAGCCCGACUUCAGGACGAAUUAAGAGAAGAGGUACACUAUUUUUAAUAUUAUUUUCGUGGUUGUAAAAAUAAAAUAUAUAAUGAAACCUAUCUAUAUUAAUUGGUUUGUUGUUUUCUGUAUACCUAUGUACCUACUGCAGGCUGCCAAGGAAAAUAUUCUCAUGCUUCACUACAUAAAUUUAGGAAACAGUUCAUUGGAGAUGAAAGCUUACGAGGACGCCGUUGGAUAUUAUACAAAAUAUUUAUUGCUGUGUCCUCAAUCCGAUCGCCUAUUGAAAGCUCAUGUAUAUCAUAAUCGAGCUACGGCAUACUACAACAUGGUGAACAUUUAUUUAUAAACCUAUCUAUAUAAAUUAAUAUAAAUAGGCACAUAAUACGUCCUAAAUGGUGGGAGCAAGAAAGGGCCCUACACCCUAACUUUCAGAAAAACAUAACAGAUUUAAUAUGUUUGUAUAAAUACACCCCACUUCCCCAUAGACAAAAUGUUUUGGACUUAUAUGAUCUAAACGGAGAUCUAAACGUUUUCCCAACAUUAUUAUAAAUGAUAGUUUAUACUUAUUUUUUUUUUUUAGGAAUUGUUAAACGAAUGUUUGGCAGAUUGUGACGAAAUACUGGAAUAUUUACCAACAAAUAAAGACACUUUGUUUCUCAGAGCAAGGGUAUUAAUCGGCAUGAAAAAUUUGGAACUCGCUGCAGAAGACGCUACAAUAUUUUUGCUGACUAAAGAUAACGAGCUCCAUACUGAUGAAGAUGUUACAUAUGCAUUCUUCGUAAUAUCUGCUUUUGGUAAGAUGUUUCAAUAUCAUAGUAUGAAACAUUAA